CCUCCCUGCACUAAAGUCCAGGGCUGCAGAGCGGCCUCUCUCCUUGGACCUGCACUGGGCCCUCGAGGGACUGGAAGAGACUUCUGGGACCAUGGUUGGACUGAAGCCUUCAGAGAUGCCUCCUACGACAGCUGUGAAGUUCCUGGGGGCAGGCACGGCGGCCUGUUUUGCUGACCUCCUCACCUUUCCACUGGAUACAGCCAAGGUCCGCCUGCAGAUCCAAGGGGAGAACCAAGUGGCCCAGAGAGUCCAGUACCGCGGAGUGCUGGGCACCAUCCUGACCAUGGUGCGCACUGAGGGUCCCCGCAGCCCCUACAACGGACUGGUUGCUGGCCUGCAGCGCCAGAUGAGCUUUGCCUCCAUCCGCAUUGGCCUCUACGACUCUGUCAAGCAGCUCUACACCCCUAAAGGAUCAGACCACUGCAGCAUCAUCACCCGGAUUUUGGCAGGCUGCACCACAGGGGCCAUGGCAGUAACCUGUGCCCAGCCCACAGAUGUGGUGAAGGUCCGAUUUCAGGCCAACAUGCACCUUGGGCCUGGGGGCAACAAGAAGUACAGCGGGACAAUGGAUGCCUACAGGACCAUCGCCAGGGAGGAAGGGAUCAGCGGCCUGUGGAAAGGAACUUUCCCCAACAUCACAAGGAAUGCCAUUGUCAACUGUGCUGAGAUGGUGACCUACGACAUCAUCAAGGAAAAGCUGUUGGACCAUCAUCUGUUCACCGACAACUUCCCCUGCCACUUUGUCUCUGCCUUUGGUGCUGGUUUCUGUGCCACGGUGGUGGCCUCCCCAGUGGAUGUGGUGAAGACCCGGUAUAUGAACUCACUCCCAGGCCAGUACCACAGCCCCCUGGACUGUAUGCUGAAGAUGUUGGCCCGGGAGGGUCCCUCAGCCUUCUAUAAGGGAUUUACACCCUCCUUUCUGCGACUGGGAAUCUGGAACGUGGUGAUGUUCGUAACCUACGAGCAGCUGAAACGGGCUUUGAUGAACGUCCAGAUGCUACGGGAAUCUCCAUUUUGAAUAGGUCAGGCCACUUGGGAUGCAACUGGAACAAAGCCAGUUGAGAAUGGUAUAAAACAGUGGGUUCAUGCACACAGGGGCACAGACCCACACAUGUUUACAGAACUGUUUACUUGCUGCUGACUCAAGGAAC